AUGGUUCAUCUGCGAGACACCAAACUUUACGAUAUAUUGGGCAUAUCUAGCGAUGCUUCCGUCCAAGAUAUUAAGAAAGCAUAUCGUGUGAAAGCUUUGAAGUAUCAUCCGGACAAAAAUGGUCAUUCUGAAGACGCGAAACAUAAGUUUCAGGAAAUCUGCGAGGCAUACGAGAUUCUGCAUGACGACUCUAAGCGAGAAAUGUACGAACGUUAUGGAACGACUGACCAGUCGCAAUGGCCAGCGAUGCAAGAAAAAACUCGCUAUCGUGAACCCACUGGUAUGUCAGCUGGUGAUCUUUUCGCCCAGUUCUUCGGCGGUGGAAGCACCACAGUUCCCAGUUUUUUCGGCGACGAUAUGGAUUUGCUAGGACGUCGCUCGCGAACAGCACGUCCAAAAGGUCCUGUGCGGGGCCCUGACAUCAAGCACUUGCUGAGAUGUACGCUGGAAGAGAUUUACCGCGGAAAGGAAACGAAGCUUGCACUCAAGAGAACGAGACUUUGCCAGACGUGUGAUGGAAAGGGUGGUUUGCAGUGGACUGCUUGCGAAAACUGUGACGGUCGUGGCAUGAAAACUCAAACCCAGCGGCAUGGCCCGAUCAUGCAAUCGUGGUCAUCAACAUGCGGUGCAUGUAGCGGGGAGGGUACGUUUUUGAAAUCUAAAGAUGUGUGCAAUGAGUGUCAAGGACAAGGCUUCAUUGGAGAGCGGAAAAUAUUCGAUGUCAGGAUUGAGAAAGGAAUGGAAAGCGGACAAGAACUAAUACUGCCGGGCGAGGCAGACGAGGUCGUCAGUACCAAGUAUGGAAGUGAAAAGGUAGUUCCUGGUGAUGUGAUCAUUACGAUGGAACAGAUUCCACAUCCUUCUUUUAGGCGCCGCGCAGAUUAUGGAUUGAUUCUCGAUAAGUGUCUCGUAGGAUUGAAGACGAGCUUGUGUGGCGGAUCAGUGUGGUUAGACUCACAUCCAAGUGGAAAGACAAUCAAGAUCGAUGUGUUACCUGGUGAGAUUUUACAACCAGGUGCUGUCAAAUGUAUCGCGAAUCUUGGGAUGCCAACUAAAGAUGGCGGUUUUGGGCAUCUCUACAUCAAAUUUGAAGUUCUUUUUCCUUCAAAGCUCAACACAACAACUCUGAGUGCAAUAGGGCCAGCCUUAGACAAAGAUGAGAAUGUCAGGGAGACUGAACAAAGUUCCCAGAGCUCAAAGCAUGAAUCGCAACCCAUCGAGGAGCACGUUAUAAGUGGGUUUGUCCCGAAUCUCAAAAGAAGUUGCAGUACAGGCGGCGGUGACUUUCAAAAGCGCCAAAAGGGUUGA